CCCGGCCUGACCCGGAAGGGCUGGCCUGUGGUAACCCCGGCUUCCCUAGCAACCGAGCGGGCGCGCGUCCUCCCCAGCCUCUUCGGACGCCUCCCGGGAUGCCCCUGCAGGUUAGCGACUACAGCUGGCAGCAGACGAGGACUGCGGUCUUCAUCUCUGUGCCCCUCAGAGGCGUCAGCGUCAGGGACGCGGACGUGUUCUGCACGGAAAACUAUCUGAAGGUGAACUGCCCUCCAUUUUUAUUUGAGGUGUUUCUCUAUGCUCCCAUAGACGAUGAGAGCAGCAAAGCCAAGAUUGGGAAUGACACUAUUGUUUUCACUUUACACAAAAAAGAAGCGGCCAUGUGGGAGACCCUUUCUCUGUCAGGUGUUGACAAAGAGAUGAUGCAAAGAAUAAGGGAGAAAUCUAUCCUACAAGCACAAGAAAGCGCAAAAGAAGCUAUGGAAGCAAAAGCUGGGGCAAGGCGGGAAGAUCAAAAAUAUACACUAAAUGUCAUGAUGAAGAUUGAAGAAGAAGAGAGGAAAAGAAUAGAAGAUAUGAAAGAAAAUGAACGGAUAAAAGCAACUAAAGAAUUGGAAGCCUGGAAAGAACGUCAAAGAAAAGCUGAAGAACAUAAAAUAAUUCAGAGAGAAGAAAAAUUAUAUCAACAAGAAAAGCAAAUUGAAGAAGAGAGAAAAAAAUUAAAACAUAAAGGUCUUACUAGGAAUUCAGUAUCUAGAAAUCUUGUCACAAAAGGGAGAAAUUCAGAAAAUAUAUUUUUUGAGAAGUUAAAGGAAGACAGUAUUCCUGCUCCUCGCUCUGUCGGCAAUAUUAAAAUCAACUUUACCCCUCGAGUAUUCCCAACUGCUCUCCGGGAAUCACAGGUAGCAGAAGAAGAGGAGUGGCUACAUAAACAAGCAGAGGCACGAAGAGCAAUGAAUACUGACAUUCCUGAACUUUGUGAUUUAAAAGAAGAGGAAAAGAACCCAGAAUGGUUGAAGGACAAAGGAAACAAAUUGUUUGCAACAGAAAACUAUUUGGCAGCUAUUAAUGCAUACAACUUAGCCAUAAGACUAAAUAAUAAGAUUCCACUACUAUAUUUGAAUCGGGCUGCUUGCCAUCUAAAACUGAAAAACUUACACAAGGCCAUAGAAGAUUCUUCUAAGGCACUAGAAUUAUUGACACCACCUGUUGCAGACAAUGCUAAUGCAAGAAUGAAGGCACAUGUACGACGUGGAACAGCAUUCUGUCAACUAGAAUUGUAUGUAGAAGGCCUACAGGAUUAUGAAGCUGCCCUUAAGAUUGAUCCAUCCAACAAAAUUGUACAAAAUGAUGCUGAGAAGAUUCGGAAUAUAAUUCAAGGAACAGAACUAAAAUCUUAAUGACUACUAGAAGCAACUAAGUAUCGUACUAGGUAUUGUUCUAAGUUUUACAAAAAUAACUGGAGGCAUUAGGAAUCUGUGCAUAUUAUGGCUGAUUAUACAGAAUCACUUUCUCUUUAGUUCUGUACAGGGCAGAAUACUAUACAUCUGUAGAAAAUGAAAUGUUUGAUUUCAGUGGCUUUUGAAUAAGUAAAUCAAAGUAAGAAUAAUCUAUUUUAAUUAUUUGUUUCAUAUUACAACAUAAUUUAAUUAUAUUUUUUUGUUACUGAAUUCAGCUUGCCCUUAUAACUAACAAAAUAUUUGUUGGUGUGAUUACCAGGACACUUACUGAUUCAUUUUUAACGUGGAGAAGUUUAAAAUAAAAGAUUGUGUUUAUAAAGUAUUUUUGUUUGUAUUAAAUACUCUAUUUAAUUGUCUGAAUGAUUGGCCUUGGUAUAAUCAAUACUGAUGUUUUGACUUAGUUUCCAAAUGCA